AGGGCGGCGACAGUUCGAGAGAUGACGCGCAUUUGCUGCUCGCGUGGCGUGCGAUCAGCUGAGAAGCCUCCGAUUUGGCCCUGUGCCACCCGGCUUUCCGUUAGUGGAGCUAUCUGAUAUAAUCUGCUCUCUAAGGAGCGUUUAUAUAUAGCAGUGGGGGGAAAUGUCGAUCAGCCGCACAGCAGGUGAGACGGCGUGUUCUCUGGAAACUGGGCCGCGCGAAGCCAUGGCACAGCAAAACCCGGCGGCUACCAGUAACAUCGACGGCAUUCUGAAAACCAUCGAGACCAACCAUGACGAGGCCUUCCUGUACGUGUCCCAAGGCCUCAGCUACGAAGAAAAGGGCGAAAACGCCCUCGCGAUCGAGAUGUAUUACAAGGGGCUCGAAAAGUUAGCCAAUGGCUUGAGCCCGUACUGCGACCAUCCCAGUUGCAAGGGUCCUUUGUGGGUCAAGGCACGCAACAUGCAGCGGAAGAUGCGGCGCAUCAAGGAUGAGGUCGAGUUUCGGCUUAUCGCCAUCGAACAAGCCGGCGGAGCUCCUCUGUACGCCGACAGGCCACCGACAUACGACGAGGCGACAAGCGCCAAUACUGCCCGCCCACCGAGAAGAGAAGCGGAAGAGCUCUUCUGUAUCGAGUCUGGUGUUCAGAUUUUCUAUGUCUCUGCUGGAGGAGGGGUUGAGGCACCACCUGAGCCCACCGAUCUCCAUGUGUACCGCUUGCCAGGCAGACAGGAUGCCAUGUUUCCUGAUGAGAAAGCCCCACUGCCAUGGCUACAAGUGGGCACAUGGAUUUAUCCUUUGGUUCCAAAGCAGUCCCCAGCCCUGAAGUCAGGCUUUGGAGCCUAUCUCUUUCCCAAUAUUGAUGCACCCCUGAAAGAAACUGGUGCAGCUGUGGGAGUCCUGCUUCCUUCUGACCUGCCACACGAGAUGAUCUCACUUUUCGAGUCUCUCAUGGAAGAGCUGACCGCCAUGAAGAUAGAGAUCCUGGAUGACACAUGCUUCGCCAUAUGUUCCCCAGGAUCUUUCUUGAGCCGGUUUCGCCGGUCUACAGACUCUUUCAGCCAGCAGGUUUCCGACACCAUUGUAGCAGGCUCAGAGGUCCUGUCCAAGGGCUUGACCAAGGGUGCCAUGGUGACUGGUGAAGCUCUUAAAAUGGGCGCAGCACGACUCAAGCAGUACCUCAAGCCUGACCCCGAGCCGUUGGCAGUGGACCCCAGAGUGAAGCAGGGGCUUGAGAUCCUGCGUACUGUCACAGGCUCUGCGCGCAGUGUCACAGAACGUGUCGCCAACAAGGUGGGUGAACUGACGGUGAAGGUGGCACAAAUGGUGGCCACAAAUGUGGCCUGUGAAAACUGCGUCGCUGGUCCACCAGAUCUGCCUUCCACGAGCAUGGACAAAGUGCAGGGUGCAAUCACCAUUGCCAAGGGUGGCCUACAAGGUUUGUCCACUGUGUAUGUUGGCUUAGAAAAUGCAGCAAAGAUCUUGGCUACCAGCCUUGCCAAUGAGACCGUUGAGGUUGUUGGCCACAAGUAUGGAACGGAUGCAGCACAAGUGGUGGACAAUGCCAUGAACUCGGUCACCAACGUCACGAUGGCCACAUAUGCUUUCCGUGGUAUAGGGUUGAAACCGAUUGCAAAACGCACUGCAAAAGAGACGGGAAAGGCAAUUCUUCAGGAAUAUGUGAGCAGCCUCGAAGCGCAAGGAAACUUUCGGGAGAGUGCAGCCUUACGCAAAAACCUAGAAAUGCAAAAGUCUUAGAAAAUGUUGUUCCUAUAGACCUCUUUUGUGUCACAUCUCCAAGAAAAAAAAAGAUCGGCUAUAAGGGGAAGCUACAGCAAUGUUUUUUUUAGUUGGCCUAAAGGGUAACUGCCUUAAUUUUCUCGUGCACGGAGUGCCGGUGCAGUGCAUAUGAGUGACAUAGCGCUAUUUCUCUUUUUGGCUGGCAAAACUUUAACGCCUUACACAAUCUGUGAUGUGCCUUUUAGUCAUACCUUUGUUGCUUCACUUCUGCCCUUCAGCUCAAAAAAAAGGCAGCUUUCCAAGCACAAGAUGUUUCGGAGGAUUCCCUAUCGGACCUUUGAAAGCUCAACCACUCACACCUGGGUAAACUGGUGCUUUUAUAAAAAGUGAUGUGCUUCAAAUAUGGAGUUAUAUGUGUAUAUUGUAUAUGACAAAUACAAAUGUAUGUUUCAAUCGAAGUGACAGUGCGGGCUGUUUUAGAGAUGUAUUUAUCUUUUUUGAAAAAAUAAACACUUUUCCAAAGUG